UUCACACCGGAAGUUGUUAGCCGAAUUGAACUCUGACAUCGCGUUCUCGUGCUGAAAAAUGGGAAUCCCGUGAAGCAACGUGGAUAGCAAAAGUCUAAACUAUUUCCUUUUCCAGUGGGACUCUGCAGAGUUUUGUUCUCAUGUUUUAUUCCAAACGGGUUUGAUAAAUCGUCUAGUCAGCACAGAUUGAAGAUGGGGAAGCCACCCAAAAAGAAGAGUCUCGCAGACAAGGUCCGUAAAACCAAGACGGCCUCUGAGAUAAAAAACAACCCAUUUGAGGUGAAAAUUAACCGAAAGAAGUUUGAUGUUCUGGGACGAAAAAGUAAACAUGACGUGGGUCUGCCUGGGGUGUCUCGGUCCAAAGCCAUCAAUAAGAGGAAAGAGACUCUUCUGAAGGAAUACAAACAAAAAAACAAGGCCAACAAAUUUGUCGAUCGGCGAUUUGGAGAAUAUGACACCAAGAUGGCUCCAGAAGACAAGAUCCUGCAGAGGUUUGCCAUUGAAAGACAGCGUGUUCAUGAAAAGAAAGACGUGUACAACCUGAACGAGGAGGAGGAGCUGACUCAUUACGGCCAGUCUUUGGCUGAAAUAGAGAAGUUUAACGACAACGUGAACAGUGAUGAUGAAUCAGAGGAGAAGGGGCUUUUAUCCGCUGAGCUGACCGCCUCACAUUUUGGAGGAGGUGGAGGUCUCCUCAGGAAGAAGACGUCAGAGGAGCAGGAAGAGCAGGGAAACCAGAGGGCCAAGUCCAGGCAGGAGCUCAUCGAGGAGCUCAUCCAGAAGUCCAAGCUGGAGAAGAGGGAGCGGCAGGUACAGAGGGAGGAGGCGCAGGAGCUGACAGAGAAGCUGGAUCAGGAGUGGAAGAGCAUCCAGGCUCUGAUGGUGAAGAAAACACCCAAAUCUGAGCAGACCGACAAACCGGAGGAGAAACCCAAGCUAGAGGAGUACGACAUGAUGGUCCGAGAGCUCGGCUUCGAGAUGAAGGCUCAGCCCUCAGAGAGGAUGAAGUCGCCGGAGGAGCUGGCCAAGGAGGAGGAGGAGAAGCUGCAGAAGCUGGAGGCUGACCGUCUGAGGAGAAUGAUUGGAGAGGACGGCGGGGACGGAGUGCAGCGACCGGCCCACUUGUCUGCUGAUGAUCUGAAUGACGGCUUCAUCCUGGAUAAACACGACAAGAAGACCCUCUCCUAUCAGGACGGAAAAUGGAACAUUGGGAAGGAAACAGAAGCAAACCAGAAAGAAGAGUUAGAAGAGGAGCAGGGCGAGGAGGAAGAGGAGUCGGAUGGAGGUGAGGAGGAAGAGGAGUCGGAUGGAGGUGAGGAGGAAGAGGAAGAGUGCAGCAGUGAGGAGGAAGAUGGCCACUCAGACCUGGACUCUGAGCAGGAAAGUGAGGAGGAGACGAGCAGCAAACCCAAACAAAGUCUGAGCAGAGAGGAGCUGAAGGCCCAACAGGAGGCGGCUAAAGCAGAACUACCGUACACGUUCCCCGCUCCUGAGAGCUACGAAGACCUGAGACGUCUGCUUCGUGGUCACACCCCGGAAAACCAGCGCCUCAUUGUGGCAAGGACUCAGAAGUGCAACCAUCCAAGUUUAGCUGCGGGCAACAAGCUCAAGCUGCAGAAACUGUUUGGUUUCCUGCUGGAGUACAUCGGAGAACUGGCAACCCGGAGUCCGCCUGAACUCACCACCGUGGACAAACUCAUUCCGGAGCUGUACACGUUGUGCCAGAUGUUUCCACUAGCUGCCUGCCAGGCCAUGCAGAGCAUCCUGGGAGAUGCCGCCCACAGCAUGGAGGAGGUGCUUGAGGUCAAAGGUCAUGCCUCUUUCCCCACUCUCGACAUGCUGAUCUACCUGAAGGUGACGGCGCUGCUGUUUCCCACCUCCGAUUUCAGACACCCAGUUACCACUCCAGCUCUGCUCCUCAUCUGCCAGGCCCUCACCAAGGGCCCUGUGAGAUCGUUACAGGACCUGACAUCGGGUCUGGUUCUAUGCUGUCUGGCUGUCGAGUAUGUCUCGCUGUCGAAGCGCUUCCUGCCUGAGCUCAUCAACUUCCUGUCUGGAACGCUCCAUCUAGCCGUGCAGGACAAGACAUCUCUCGGUUACACGCUGGUGCCACCCUUCAGGCUGGCGGGGAAGUACAGCAAUCUGCUGGUUUUGUCGUCCUCGGAGUGCUGCGAAAGCUGGAGCAAGGAAAGCCUCCCGCUGUCCGUUCGCCUGGAGCUGGAUGCCAGGAGUGACCUGGACAAAGACCACUACAGGUUGAACUGCUUGUCCACCUGUCUGGACCUGGUGAAGAGAUGCUGCCUGCUCUACAAGGACCUCCCCUCCUUUAUACAUGUCUUUCAGCCAAUCAGAGCUCUUCUUUCUAAGCAUCUUUUAACACAAACUUUACCAAAACCUUUACAGAAGUUCCACAGUGAGAUCUUGGACUGCUUGAAGGAAGCCCCUCUGACCCACAGCAGGCUGGUUUUUGAGAAGAAGAAGCCCAUUCCCCUGAAACUGCUCACACCAAAGAUUGUUGAAGUCUUGGACUAUGGGAAGAAGCGCGGCAGCACCAGAGAGGAGCGGGAGAGGGAGCGACUGAAGCACAAGUACAAGAAGGAGUUUAAGGGUGCUCUGAGAGAGAUUAGGAAGGACUCGCGCUUCCUGGCCAGAGAAAAGCUCAGCGAGGUCAUGAACAGGGAUGCAGAGAGGAAGAGGAAGGUGAAGGUGCUCCUUGGCAGUUUGGCCUCUCAGGAGGGAGAAUGGAAAGCCCUGAAAAGGAAGAAGAGGAAGUCCUAGUCUCCUCCGAGGCUCAUCGUCCUUCACUCUUCUCAUGGACUCACAAAGCAAAUCCCAAUUGGAAUAAAGCGUUAGUCGUGUUUUUAAA